AUGGGCACCAGGGCAGUGGUCACGCCCCCUCCUUUGUGGGGGCUGCUGGGCUGCUGUUUCCUCUGUGGCUGGGCUCAGGGGGGUCCGCGAUCUCUCCGCUCUCUGCCCCCGCUGUCUUCCGAAGUCAAGCCAGGAUCCGUGCCCAUCUGGGUGCCCCCAGAGGGGGCUGAGGCAGCCCUGGCUUUUCUCUACUCUGGAGAUGCCCAACAGCUGUUGGGGGCCAAUUGUAGUGGGCACUAUGAAGCGCACGGGGCAGGAGCCAGACCAGGCCUCCCUCCAAUCCUACUGGGGGCAGCGGGCACCCUUGCCCAGGCUGCCAAUUUUCUCAACAUGCUGCUGCAAGCCAACGACAUCCGCGAGUCCAGCGUGGAGGAGGAUGUGGAGUGGUACCAGGCACUGGUCCGCAGCGUGGCUGAGGGGGACCCACGGGCAUACCGGGCCUUGCUGACCUUUAACCCUCCACCAGGGGCCAGCCACCUACAGCUGGCCCUGCAGGCCACCCGGAUCAGAGAGCAGACCAUCCUUCAGGACCUGUCUGGGAACAGAGUGCAGGAGGAGAGCCUGGCGGGGGACCUGGACAUCCCUGCCCUGCAGAAGCGAGUGCUGACCAAUGACCUAGGGAGCCUUGGCAGCCCCAAGUGGCCACAGGCAGAUGGAUACGUGGGGGACGUGCAGCAGGUGAGGCUGUCUCCUCCCUUCCUGGAAUGCCAGGAGGGCCGGCUCCGUCCUGGCUGGCUGAUCACACUCUCAGCCACCUUCUAUGGACUCAAGCCAGACCUCAGUCCAGAGGUCAGGGGGCAGGUGCAGAUGGACGUAGACCUCCAGAGUGUGGACAUCAAUCAGUGUGCAAGCGGCCCAGGCUGGUAUUCUAACACACACCUGUGUGAUCUCAACAGCACCCAGUGUGUCCCCCUGGAGAGUCAGGGCUUUGUCCUUGGCCGAUACCUCUGCCGCUGCCGACCUGGAUUCUACGGGGCAAGCCGCUCUGGGGGGUUAGAGGACAGUGCCACCCAGACUCCUGGGCAAUUCGGGUCCCUACAAGGCAGCUUUGGGAGGCUGCUGCGGUGCCAGCCGUGUCCUGAGGGCUGCACCAGCUGCAUGGAUGCCACGCCGUGCCUGGUGGAGGAGGCCCUGGCACUGCGAGCAGCAGUGCUAGCCUGCCAGGCCUGCUGCAUGCUGGCCGUCUUCCUGAGCAUGCUGGUCUUCUACCGCUGCCACCGACGCAAGAGGAUCUGGGCGUCUGGAAUUGUCCUGCUGGAAACCAUCCUUUUUGGAUCCCUGCUCCUCUACUUUCCUGUCUUUAUCCUGUACUUCAAGCCCAGUGUAUUUCGCUGCAUCGCCCUCCGCUGGGUCCGGCUGCUGGGUUUUGCCAUCGUCUAUGGCACCAUUACACUCAAGCUGUACAGGGUGUUGCAGCUGUUUCUGUCUCGAUCGGCCCAGCGGGUCCCCCAUCUGAGCAGCGGGCGGCUGCUGCAGCGCCUGGGACUGCUCCUAUUGCUCGUGCUGGGCUUCCUGGCCGUGUGGACAGUGGGCAUCCUGGAGCGAGGCAUCCAGCACGCCCCUCUGGUGAUCCAAGGCCACACUCCCACUGGCCGCCACUUCUACCUCUGUCACCACGACCGCUGGGACUACAUCAUGGUUGUGGCUGAGAUGCUGCUCCUGUGCUGGGGCAGCUUCCUCUGCUACGCCACUCGGGCUGUCCUCUCGGCCUUCCAUGAGCCACGCUACAUGGGCAUCGCCCUGCACAACGAGCUGCUGCUCUCUGCUGCCUUCCACACAGCCAGGUUCAUGCUGGUUCCCUCCCUGCACCCGGACUGGACCCUCCUCCUCUUCUUCUUCCACACCCACAGCACAGUCACCGCCACACUGGCUCUGAUCUUCAUCCCCAAGUUCUGGAAGCUGGGGGCUCCACCCCGGGAGGAGAUUGUGGAUGAGGCGUAUGAGGACGAGCUGGACCUGCAGCGCUCAGGCUCCUACCUCAACAGCAGCAUCGCCUCAGCCUGGAGCGAGCGCAGCCUGGACCCUGGAGACAUUCGGGAUGAACUGAAGAAGCUCUAUGCCCAGCUUGAGGUCCACAAGACCAAGGAAAUGGCCGCAAACAACCCUCACCUGCCCAAGAAGCGGGGCAGCUCACGCCAGGGGCUGGGCCGCUCCUUCAUGAGGUACCUGGCCGAGUUCCCCGAGGCCCUGGCCCGGCAGCACUCCCGGGACUCAGGCUCCCAAGGUCGCAGCAGCUUGCCAGGCUCCUCCCGCCGCCGGCUCCUCAGCUCCAGCCUCCAGGAGCCGGAGGGGCCACCAGCUUUGCGCAAGUCCCGCAGCACCUAUGACCAGCACAGGGAGCAGGACCCACCUCUCCUCGACUCACUGCUGAGGAGGAAGCUGGCCAAGAAGGCCCCACGAGGAGAGAGCCGGGAGUCAAUGGAGGGGCCUCCUGCCCCUCCUGCCCUGGGCUUCAGGUCGGCCAGCGCCCACAACCUGACUGUCGGAGAGAGGCUUCCCAGAGCCCGGCCCGCCUCCCUGCAGAAGUCACUCAGUGUGGCUGGCUCCAGGGAAAAGGCCCUGCUCAUGGCCAGCCAGGCCUACCUGGAGGAGACAUAUCGGCAGGCGAAGGAGCGAGAGGAACGAAAGAAGGCCGAGGCAGUCAUGGCGGCCAUGGCGAGCCCGGUGCGGAGGCCAUCGGCCAGAAGGCUGCCCCAGGCUCGAGGGGCCCCCCUGUCAGCCCCACCUUCCCCUGCCAAGAGCAGCAGCAUGGACAGUUCUUAUGCCUCAGGGAAGCUUCACGAGGAGGCUGGAAGGAGGCCGCCCCACCUGCCCAUCCGGCACCAGGUCUCCACACCCAUCUUGGCCCUGUCUGGGGCCUGCCUGGGAGAGCCAAGGAUGCUGUCUCCCACCUCCAGCUUGGCUCCAGCUCUGAUGCCAGCUCUAGCCCCAUCCCCAGCCCCUGCCCUGGCACCAGUUCCAGCACCCCCGCAAAGCCCCAGCUUACUCACCUUUAUCUGCCCCUGGGAAAAUGCAGAACUGCCAGUCAAGAAAGAAAAUGUAGCCCAGGAAGUCCCCCCAGGGCCAGAGCGAGGCAGCCACUCCCCUGCCCCACCUCGAGCCAGGUUCUGGAGGGCCCUCUCCAUUGCAGUAGAGAAAAAGGGGCCUGGGGAGAAUGAGAUGGACACAGAAGACAGGCAUCUCCAGGGAGAAGCUGAUGACGUGGAUGAGGACAGGCCAAAAAUCUUUUCUAAAUCACACAGCCUCCAGGCCCCUGCUCAGCAGGGUUCCAUGCGCAGCCUGGGACUGGCUAUCAAAGCUCUGACCCGCUCUCGGAGCACAUACAAAGAGAAGGAGGGUGGGGAGGAGAGUCCUGAGGGGGAGACGAGCAGAGCUGCAGCACAGAGUGCAGGGACGGCCUCCAGGUCUCCCAGGCUGGGUCGGCCCAAGGUGGUGAGCAAGCAGGCUGCCCUUGCCCCCUGUGACGAUGAGGAGUCCCUCCAGAACCAACAGAAUGCUCACACAAGUAGAAUGCUCCAAGUCUGUCAACAGGACGGCAGCAGGGAACAAGAGGACAGAGGCAAGAGGACAUCCCAAGGUCUAGGGGAGCGGAAAGUUGAGAAAGCAGGUAAAACAGGGCCUGUCACACUGAGGCAAGUUUUUAGGGACAAAAAUGCUGAGCAAGCAAAAGAAGCCCCCGUGGGAUGGCGGGAACCGCCCAAAGCUGGCCUCCGGUCCCUGGGCAGUGCUGACCACAGGGUGGCGGAUAUAUGCCCCUGGGAAGUCACCGAGUCAGAAACAUGUCACCCAGACAGUAGCAACAAGGCCGAAAUCUGCCCCUGGGAGGUGAGUGAAGGAGGCCCUGAGACGAGGGCAUUAAGACAAGCUCCAGAUGCCUCCCAAGAAGAGCGGGGGAAAGCCCCCGAAAAAUCAGAGCCCAGAGAUGUGGUUGCCAUUGCACGGAAAAAGCCAGAGAGGCUGGUCAGGGGACAGGAAGCAGUGUGUCCCUGGGAGACCGCUGAGCCUGGAGGUCUGUUCCCUCAGUCAUCCCCUCAGGACUCUGACAGAAGCAAGCGUGCGUCGGAGGCGGUGGGCAGUGUGGAGGCUAAGAAGGUGGCGAAGGCAGAGCUGUGUCCCUGGGAGGCAAGUGAAGGAGGAGAGGACGGGAAACCCGCCCAGGACGGAGUGAAGGAGCUCCCCCAGGAAAAGCAGAAACCCCCGGAGAAAACAAUCUUUUGGAAAGAAUACACACUGCGGGGAGGCUUGGAGUCUCUUGGCCCAUGGGAGAGUACAGAUUUUCGGGGCCCCUCGGCAGUCUCAAUUCAGGCCCCAGGAAGCCCAGACUGUUCGGGGAGUUUGGACGGCAGCACUGCGGAGGUGUGUCCACAGGAGGCAGGAGAAGCUCCUGCUAUCAGGAAAGCAGAGAUCUGUCCCCAGGAGCUGGAUGGUGAGGUAAUGGGGCAGGAAAUGCUGAGUCAGGGGACAGGUAGAGAAUCUCUCCAAGAAAAGGAAAAAGCCUCUGGAAAAGGAAGCUUUGGAGAGAUGGGGGAACAAACUGUGAAAGCAGUGCAGAAAUUAAGUCAACAGCAGGAACCAGUAUGUCCCUGGGAGAGCACAACCCCUGGGUACUCUAGCCCAUGUCUAGAGAAUUCCUCAUCCCAACCUGGUGGCCAACUCCUAAGCAGUGGAGAAAGCAGAGCACAGGUGUGUCCCUGGGAAGAUCUCAAGCCAGAGGUACAGGACAAAGCAGAAAUCUGUCCCUGGGAGGUGAAUGAAAGAACAAAAGAAAACUGGACAUCAGGACAGGAACCAAAAGGAGGCGAAUCUCAAAAGGACAAGGAGGAAACGCCUGGAAAAUCAGGAAUCAAAGAUGUCAAAGCUUGGGAAAAGCCCGAGGGGCAGAUCCAAAAGCAGGAAGCAGUCUGUCCCUGGGAGAGUGUAGACCACAACAGGUUCCCCUCACAACCAGGUCCUCGAGGCACAGACAGACUCCCAACCACUGUCCAGAUGUCAGGCGGUGUGGGGAGCAAAGCUGCUGAGAUCUGCCCCUGGGAUGUGGAGGAAACCCCCACUGCUGAGAAGGCAAAGAUCUGUCCCUGGGAGGUGGAUGCUGCUGCAGGGGAGGAAAGGGCUCUGGGAGCUGAGGCCACUAAGAAGUGUCCAGACUAUAUAGGAAAGACCUCUGCAGAUUCUGGACCCAAGGAGACAGAUAUUACAGCUCCAAAGAAGCCAGAGAGGCCAGCCCCGGAGCGGGAGGUGGCCUGUCCCUGGGAGAGCUUGUGUCCAGGGGACUCCUCUCAGCAUUCAGACGCUCUGGGUGCUGACCAGACAAGAGUUGGGGACCAGGAUCUGGACCAUGUGGGGUGCAAGCCAGCUGAGGUGUGUCCCUGGGAAGUACAGGAAGCUCCUACCAGUGAAAAAGCCAAGAUCUGUCCCUGGGAGGUGAAUGAAGGAGCUCCUGGGAAGGAACUAGAACAAGAGAUGGGGAGUGAAUCAGCAGGGCAGAGGGAGAAAACUCUAGAAAAGGCGAGACUCACCUCCCUGGGAGAAGGCAUGUCAAAAUGGGUGGCAAAACUGAGUCAAGAACAAGAAGCUAUUUGUCCUUGGGAGAACAAGGACUUGAGGGAAUCCUCUGCUCAGGCUUCCAAGGUCUUAGACUCUUCCAGCAGCACGAGCAGCAAACUGGUAGAGGUGCAUUCCUUGGAAGCAACAGAGAAGGGGGACCUGAGACAAGUCCCAAAGACAGGCUCCCUCCCAGAACACAUAACCCAAGAAGAAUCUCCUGCUUCAAAAGCAGAAUUCACUACUGAUGACGGGGGAAAAAGCAACAAGCUACAAUCUGUCUGUCCGUGGGAGAGCAUGGCCCCAGCAGGUUCUUUCUCCCACCCAGACAGCCAGCACCCUCAGCAGCCUAAAGCCAGCUCCCAGGGACUGGUCAGUGUUGGGAGCAGGGUUGUGGAGGUGUGCCCGUGGGAUGCUCCCGACCCAGAUGUGUAUAAACCUGACAGCAGCGCCAAGGCCGAGAUCUGUCCCUGGGAGGUGGCUGAAAGAAGCCCUGUAAAAGGAGUAUCAAGACAGGAUGGAGAAGGGGAAUCUCAAGAAGAGAAAGGCAGAGCCCCAGAAAAGCCAGAGCCCAAAGGCAUGCCAGUUCAGAAAGAGCCAGAGACAGCAGACUUGGGGAAGCAGGAGGCUGUGUGUCCUUGGGAGAGUCAAGAUUGUGGGGGUCGAUCUUCUGACAGAAGCAAAGGCAGUUCUGAGGCAGCAGGCAGCGUGGGAGCCAGGGUAGCAGAAGUGUGUCCGUGGGAAGUAGAAGAGGCUCCCUCUGCCAAGAAAGCAGAGAUCUGCCCUUGGGAGGUGAGUAAAGAAGCAGCAGAGGAACAGGGGCUGGAAGAGGAGGCAGGCAGAGAAUCACAAGGGCAAGGAGAGCUGUUCCUUCAGGAGGCAGGGGCUGGAGGGGCUGGAGAACACUUUUCAAAAGCAGCAGCAAAACGCAGCAGCGAGCAGGAGACAGUCUGCCCCUGGGAAGGCACAGACUCAGGGGGGCCCGUCCCCCCAUCAGGUGCUCCGGACACUGAACAACCCAAAGUCAGCCCCCAGGGAGCAAGCAGUAUGGGGAGCAGGAUGGCAGAGCUGUGUCGAUGGGAAAUCACUGAUCCAGAAGGAAAUAAAAUAAAGGGCACCAUGGCAGACAUCUGUCCUGGGGAGGAACCCGGAGCUCCAUCUGAGGAACCUGGCCUCCUGGCUUUAACAGCAACUCAGACAGAAAUUAUCCUCACAGCCCCUGAGAAGCCACUAUGCCUUUCAGUCCAUGGACCUCUGGAUCACCUCCUUCCAGAAAGCAAAAUCCCCCGCCCCAAGGCAAGCCAGCCAGCCAGUGCUUCCACUCUAGAAGGUGUCAGAGAACUUCAGGUACCUUCAGUGCUUGAGCCAUUGACCAGCUUAGCCCCAGAGCCAGGUCUACAAGAAGCUGAGGCUCAGAAGUCUUCCUCCUUAACUGAAGACCAAGGACAAGUAGCUUUCGAAACUCAAAAUGAAAAAGUCAUCCCUCCAACUGUCUAUCCUUGGGACUGGGAGUAA